UUUCCCGUUACCUCUGUCUCCCUCCCCAAACUCCCGAGGUGAAUUCUUUCAGCUCUCUUGCAUCUUACUCCUCAACAUGCCAGUAAACGAAGACUUACGGCGCGAACGCGCGCGAGCGACUUUUGAUGUAAAGCAACUCACUCACAUGCUUGAUGGGGGUUCCGAUCGGACAGCCCGUCGCCGUCAAUUGCAAGCCAUCAUUGAGCGUGAUCCCACCGGGAUUUUUUCAAACGACGAUAACGCUUAUUUGCAUCGAACUGAUCGUCAUGUUCGUGGAUUGGCCAAACAUGUACGCAUGGUGGAACUUUGUCGGACACUCGGUAUUGGAGACAAAUACGACGGACAGGUAGUCAUGGAUCCGGAUUUUCCAGUCCUCUUGGCAGCGCUGGCGGAUGAUUUACCGACGGCGCUCCAUUGGAUCAUGUUUGUCCCCAACAUUGUCUCUUUAUGCGACGAAGAACAGCAACGCGCCUGGUUACCGCUUUGUCGGGAUUGGAAAAUGAUUGGAUGCUACGCUCAAACCGAACUCGGACACGGAUCCAACGUGCGGGCCCUCGAAACUACAGCAACGUUCGUGUCGGAAGAUCAAGACGGCACAAAGGGCGGCUCGUUCGUUAUCAAUUCGCCGACGAUCACAUCAGCCAAGUUUUGGCCCGGAACCCUGGGAAGGACGGCAAAUCACGCUAUGGUGAUUGCCCGGCUUAUCGACGGCCACGGUAAAGAUCAAGGCAUGCACAAUUUUUUGGUACCCUUACGUUCAAUGAAAGAUCACAAGCUGCUACCAGGAGUCAAGUCGGGUGACAUUGGACCCAAGAUUGGGUACAACGUGAUGGACAACGGUUUUGCUCAAUUCGAUAACGUUAAAAUACCACGUCGAAACAUGGCCAUGCGAUUCGCACAUGUCGACGAACGUGGCCGUUACUCCAAAAAAAGCGUCUCGGCUGCGGCCUCAAAAAUCUCGUACAUUACUAUGAUGCAAGUCCGGGCGCACAUAUGCAACGAAGCGGGUAAAAACUUGGCAGUAGCCUGUACGAUUGUCACCCGUUACUCCGCCUUGCGUCGGCAAGGUUACGCUUCGGAUGGUGAAUCGGAAUUGCAAAUUCUGGAUUACAAGCAACAGCAGCAUCGGGUGUUCCCACUUAUUGCGGCGUCGUACUGUUUCUUUUUUACAGGAAAGCGCGUGAUGGAGCAGCUCAAAGAUAUCGAAGACAAACUUGUGUCGAAUAAGUCCAUUUCCAAAGCAGCAGUCACAGAUAUCCACGCGUCCUCGUCGGCACUCAAAUCAUUUACAACAACAGUGGCAGCUGACGGGAUUGAAGAUUGUCGCAAAGCAUGUGGUGGCCACGGCUUUUUGCAAUGUUCUGGCCUCCCCGAACUGAUUACGACCUACUUACAGAGUCCGACUGUGGAAGGUGACAAUCAGAUGUUGCCCCAGCAAGUCGUUAAGGUGCUACUUAAACUCGUCCAGACUGUACAGGACGACGGCGAUUUAUCUGACUACGUAUCUUGCGAUUCGUAUGGUUUAAUUUCCUCUCUACAGUCUAAUUUGAAGGGCGUAAAAGAAGACUGCCGGAUUGUUUCGGAAAUCGACGUGAUGAAUUUGGACGCUUUACUGGCUGCUUUGUGUCACCGAUCCGCUCGUCUUCUGGUGGGCGUAGCGUCUCAAAUACAAGGCUCAAUCUCAAGCGGCAAAUCCUAUCAGGAAGCUUGGAAUGAUGCUCUAGUAGAAAUGGCCAGAGUCUCGCGUGCCUAUUCUCAAUUCCUCUUGCUUCGUAACUUCAUGGAAGGCAUCGACGGCGAAGAGAGGUCAGGUGCGAUCGGUGUUGCCGAAGUGACCGUGCUGCAGAAUCUCGCUCGACUUUUCGCCCUUUAUUGGAUGGAGAAGGAACUCGGUGACUUUUUAGAAGACGGUUACGUGACGGCCGACCAUUCUCGAUGGGUCCGAAGCGCUGUUUUGCAGCUUUUGGAUUGCAUUCGUACUGAUGCGGUCUCUCUCGUAGAUGCUCGAGACUUUUCUGACUUUAAGCUGAAGAGUGCUUUGGGUCGUUACGACGGGGAUGUGUAUCCUGCCAUCUUAAAAGCUGCUUUGCGAGAUCCUUUGAACCACUCGGAUCCUGGACCUGGCUACGAACAGCACUUGAAACGGUUGAUUGCUGGUGGUACUGGUACAUAUAAAGCGACAGUAUCCCGUCUAUAA